AUGGGAUUGGUUCUGUGGAGCAAGAAAGAACAUAACCUCAGAAGUAACUUCAUUACAAUGUGUCCAAAGGCAUCUCCAUCAAGCCUUAACAAAAUAGGCUCAGAAGGGUUUGCUCUGAUAGAGAAUGGUCGAUGCAGAAGGAACCAAGUUCCCCCAACUGAAGUGCCGAUUAUAGUGAACAGCAAUAACCUACCAGGUGCUCCAUUUGGGGGGGCUAAUAGUGAUAACAAUGAAAAGCCAAAGCCACCACGUCGUAAUUGGAGUGGCAGAUCAUUGGUUCCAUUGAACACUGUUGCAUGCUCCCAAAGAAAGUAG